AUGACAUCUAAACCUAACCAAAAGGAAAACAGUUCGGAAACUGAUCAUGCUGCUGGCGAUGAAGAAAAAGCAAAGAAAGAAGAACUGGUAGAGGCCAGAAUGAGGAUGAUUAGGAAGAAAAAUGAAGAACUCUUGAGAAGACAAAAGGAGAUUGAAGAAGAUCGCAAAAAUGCUGACAUGUAUAGUGAAAUGGCAGCUAAGAAAAAUCCAGGUAGUUUUCCUUCUACAGGAGUUAACAAGGAAGUUGCUGGCACUGGAUUGGGCAGAGGUAGAGGAAGAGGGUUAAUGUUGAGAGAAAUGAGAAAGGAGACUCUAAAAGCCAAACAGUGGGAGGCUAAAAGAAGGGAAAAUAUCCAGAAGGAAGAAGAAGAGAGGAAAAAGAAAGCAGAGUCUUCUAGUCGGACCUCCAGGUUUCUUGUAGAUAACGAUCGAGUUGAUAUGUCCAAGACAUCAGGAAGAAAUGAGCGGUCAUGGGGCGGAGCCAGUUUUAAUCAAGUCAUUAAUCGAGUGCAAAGAGAAAAGGAAGGCUUUCGGCCAGGUCGUAAUAAAGGUAACAUAGAGCUGACUAUGUCAGGUAAAGAGAGACGAGAAUAUUCUCAGUGGAAAGAGGAAAGGUCAAGAAUUGACGAGGAGAGGAAAGCACGUCAGAAAAAGACAGGAAAUUGGAGUCGUGCUUGGGAUCAAACCAAAUCGUGGGACUCAAGAAAGAAAAUGUGGGUGAAUGAGAAUGACAAUGAUGAUAGUUUUAGAAAUACAAGACGGCGAGAUAGUGAUGAUGCUGAUGACUGGGGAAGUGAUAACAGGAACAGAAGAAGAGAUCAUGGACGACAAGAAUGGGACAGAAGAGGUCCCAGGAGUAAUUCUAGAUUUGCACAGCACGAUGAUCGCGAGGUGUGGGGUGAAACAUGUGAAAAGAAAGUUGUUGCUCACACAGAUAGUAGUGGAGGCAAGCCAGUCAAAGAAGAAGAUUGGGGUGAUACAGGUGAAAACAAAAGUGUUGAACUGUCAAAUUCUGGCAGAAUGAUGGCCUGUGAAGAAGACUGGGGUGACGACUCAACUGAAAAUACAAAGGACAUUAACCAUACUGAUCCAGCAAAUGGAAUGCCAGUGACAGAAGAAUGCGGGCAAAUAAAGGAAAGCAAAGUUAUAAAGCACAUAGAUUCUGGGAGGAUUCAGCUAGCAGAUGAAAAAGGUGAUAAAAUAACUAAAGAGGCACUGGCUGAACCAAAGGCGCUUGGAUCUACAACUGAAGAAGAAGCUGUCAUGAGCCACCCACCUGACAAAACAAUGAGUAAUCCAAGUCUUGGUGAGAAACAAUUAUGCACAACUGAAAGUAAAGAAAUAACUAACACACCCAUGGAGGAACACACCCAUCAUGGUGUUGAUCCUAAGCCACAACGAGAAUUUGUUAAACAAAGAAGAAGACUACUUGAUUCAGAUGGCAGUGAUCAGGUUAAAGACAGUAAAGAACUUGCUCCAGUGAAAGAAUUUACACAAGACAGAACGUUAUUUGAUAAAAAAGAUCGUAGUGAGGUAGUCACAGUCACACAUGAGCAUGCUGAUGUUAAACAUGGUGAUCAGGAUGAAAUUUCUUCAACAAGUGAAAUCACAGAAAUGAAAUUAAGUCACCACGACAGGGAAGGAAAUGGAGAGAAAAAUCCUAUAGAUGCUGAAAACAGAGAUAGUGUACCAAAAAAUGUGCUUGAUGAUAAAAAUCAAGGUACUACAAUACCAAAUGUUCUUCCCACAGAAAAAGAAAAAACUGAUAAAGUUGAUGGAACUAUAACUCACAAAUCUGGUGCUGAAAAGGCUCAUCUGCCAAAAAUUAACACCAAGGUUGAAAAGAAAGUGACAUUUGACUCAGAAGAAAAUGAAAAUUUCAAAGAAACCAAUGCAGAGGAUUCACCAUCAUUAAUUGGUGACAUUCCUCCUACCCCGGACUUUUUAAAAAUUGAUCACAAUUUAGAUUGGGGUGACAUUGAAGUUGAUGCUGAUGAGUCUGAAGCAAUUGAGCCUAAAUGGUGA